GAGAGAGAGAGAGGAAAGGGAGAGAGUGAGAGAAAAGAGCCCAAACAAAGCUGCCACCCUCCGCAUCCCGAAAGACUCCGAACAGGUUGAUAGAGGAGAAGCCAGGGCGCUCGGCGCUGUUGGUUGCCGCCGCCGCGUUGAGCGGCUGAGAAGGAGGGAAAGGGAGGAAAACACACACACACACACACAUACACAGGCGCGCACACACAGGCGCGCACGCCGAGAGUGAGGGAGAAAGAGAGAGAGAGAGGGAGCAAACAAACCCCGCCAGCCUCGGAGCGGCUUCGGAUCUGGGAAGAGAAGAGUGUGAGGUUGAAGAAAGUACAGCGAUGCCAAGGCGGAAACAGCAGGCACCCAAAAGGGCGGCAGGUUAUGUCCAAGAGGAUGAUCUGAAAGAUGAGGAAGACAUAAAAGAGGAGGAAGAGGAUGAUCAAGAGAGCAAUUCAACGGCUCAUCUUCAGGGGAGCAAUGACCCAGGAACAGAUGAAGAACACGAAACUGGUCCUGAUCCAAAAGAAAACUUAAGCUACCAGAAUUCCCCAGGGAGUCACAUCUCCAAUCAGGAUGCGGAAAAUGAAUCUUUACUUAGUGAUGCUAGCGACCAGGUGGCAGACAUUAAAAGCCUCUGCUCCAGGGAGGCAUCGGACUCCAAAGGCAAUAUCCAUCCCAAACAUCCAACGGACACACACAGCUGCAUGGAUAAAAUGACAGCUGUUUAUGCUAACAUCCUUUCAGAUUCUUAUUGGACAGGUUUGGGACUGGGGCUCAAACUGUCCAAUUCUGAUAAGAGGGGAUGCGACAACAGAAACGGAGCAAGCAAAAGUGACUUUGAUUGGCAUCAGGAUGCCUUGACCAAAAGCUUGCAGCAGAGUUUACCUGUCCGGCCACUCUCCAAGCCAAACCUUUUCAGCUCAGUCCAGCUAUACAGGCAAAGUAGCAAGAUGUGUGGAACUGUAUUCACAGGUGCUAGUAGGUUUCGGUGUAGGCAGUGCAGCGCUGCCUAUGAUACCUUAGUUGAGCUUACUGUCCACAUGAACGAAAGUGGCCAUUACCAAGAUGACAACCAUAAAAAAGACAAGCACAGAUCUACCAGCUAUUCCAAGCCCCGGAAAAGGGCUUUUCAGGACAUGGAUAAAGAAGAUGCUCAGAAAGUCCUGAAAUGUAUGUUCUGUGGUGAUUCUUUUGACUCUCUUCAAGACCUGAGUGUUCAUAUGAUCAAAACAAAACAUUACCAAAAAGUGCCUUUGAAGGAGCCGGUACCUACCAUCUCUUCCAAGAUGGUAACUCCAAAUAAGAAACGUGUGUUCGACAUUAAUAGGCCUUGCUCUCCAGAUUCGACCACGGGAUCCUUUGCUGACACAUUCUCUUCUCAUAAGAAUGCCAACCUGCAGCUAUCGUCUAACAAUCGUUACGGCUACCAGAACGGUGCCAGCUACACGUGGCAGUUUGAAGCAUGCAAAUCGCAGAUUCUCAAGUGCAUGGAAUGCGGGAGCUCCCACGAUACUUUGCAGCAACUCACAACCCACAUGAUGGUCACGGGUCACUUCCUGAAAGUCACGAGUUCAGCUUCGAAGAAAGGGAAACAGCUUGUUUUGGAUCCCUUGGCUGUGGAAAAAAUGCAGUCGCUUUCUGAUGCGUCAGCCACUGACAGCCAGCAUUCGAAACCCUCCAGUAAUUCAUCAACCGAUUCUAUGGCUCCUGUUUCAGAGCUAAAAAAAGAAAGUAAGCAAAAUAAAUCUGAGGAAGUGAACAAAGAUGAAAAAGGGAUAAAAAAUGAAGAUUAUGAAGACGCUCUUCAAAAACCACUGGACCCGACAAUGAAAUAUCAGUAUCUCCGGGAGGAAGAUUUAGAAGAUGCUUCAAAGGGUGGUGGAGACAUUUUGAAGUCUUUGGAAAACACUGUCACCACAGCCAUCAAUAAAGCCCAGAAUGGAGCACCCAGCUGGAGUGCAUAUCCCAGCAUCCAUGCAGCAUACCAGCUCUCAGAGGGAACAAAGCCUUCCUUACCGGUGGGGUCACAAGUUUUACAAGUUCGACCAACAGUCAGUAAUAAACUGAGGCCUAUCGCUCCAAAAUGGAAAAUGAUGCCUAUUGUACCCAUGACAGCUAAUAUAGUCCAGUGCAGUCAGUUGAAAAAAGAAGGAGACCCCCCCAAGAAGGAAGGUCAUAAGGACCACGUUAAAGAUGGCAACAAGACAGAUGUGGUUGCUCCGUAUCAGAAUGAAGGAGAUUCUCCUCCUCAGGCUGAGAUGUGUAUAGAGCCCAAAAAGUCAGAGUUAAGUCCUUUGAAGGAGGAACACAAGACAAAGGAAGAGGAGGAAAAAAUAAAAACGAAGGAUUGUGUGACAUCAUCUCUCAGCAAUGGAUGCCCUACCGGGAACCACACUUCAGAGCUGCCAGGUUUAAAUCCCCUCAGCGCCCUGCAGUCUGUGCUGAACAACCAUCUGGGCAAAGCAAAUGAGCCUUUGAGACCUCAGUCAAACUCCAGCCCCAGUUCAAGUUCAGCAUCUUUGUUCCACAAACCAAAUUUAAAUAUCAUAGAGAAGCCUGUUCUGUCUCCUGCGUCAACCCCAGCUAAACCUGCAAAUGUCACAUCCAGGCGUUAUGUGUUUGAGAACAAUGAUCAGCCAAUUGACCUGACAAAAUCCAAGAAUAAAAAAGGAGAAUCUGUUCAGGCCCAGUCUUGUACUUCCCCACCUCAGAAGCACGCUCUGUCUGACAUUGCAGACAUGGUCAAAGUCCUUCCCAAAGCAACAACCCCGAAACCUGCUGCUUCAUCCAGAAUCCCAUCCAUGAAACUGGAAAUGGAUGUUCGGCGUUUUGAAGAUGUCUCCACAGAAGUCUCCACGUUGCAUAAAAGAAAAGGAAGGCAGUCCAACUGGAAUCCUCAGCAUCUCCUGAUUCUACAAGCGCAAUUUGCGUCCAGUCUCUUCCAAACAUCGGAGGGUAAAUAUUUGUUGUCAGACCUGGGCCCUCAAGAACGUAUGCAGAUUUCCAAGUUUACUGGGUUGUCCAUGACUACCAUCAGCCAUUGGCUGGCGAACGUCAAGUACCAGCUCAGAAAAACUGGGGGGACAAAGUUUUUGAAAAACAUGGAUAAAGGACACCCCAUCUUUUAUUGCAGUGACUGUGCAUCUCAGUUUAGAACCCCAUCAACGUACAUCAGCCAUUUAGAAUCCCAUCUAGGUUUCCAAAUGAAAGACAUGAACAAGCUGGCUGUGGAGCAGCAAACCAAGGUAGAGCAAGACAUUUCCAGAAUUUCAGUUCAAAGAUCUCCUGAAACAAUAGCUGGAGAAGAGGACACAGACUCUAAGUUCAAAUGUAAGUUGUGCUCUCGGACAUUUGUGAGCAAACAUGCUGUAAAACUUCAUCUAAGCAAAACACACAGCAAGUCACCAGAACAUCAUUCACAGUUUGUAGCAGAAGUGGAUGAAGAAUAACUCCUAAGGUAUGCAUGCCUUAACUGCAAAAGAAAAAAAAAAGUGUUUUAAUGUGAUGUUGAUCAAAGGAAGGGCUCUUAAAGCACUUCUGCUUUAUUUAAAGAAAAUAUUACUUUCCAAAAGGUCCAUUUCUUUUCGGACAUUGGCUUCUCUGUCGGUAAUUGUUGCAUGAUGGGACAAAUUUUGCAUGGACAGCUGCUUCCAUCAGUCUGUUUCCAUGAUGAAAAAAACCUUUACAUGUUGCCUUUUUCCCAGGCAUGCGCUCUUAAAGACAAAGAGACCUCUGCCAAGAAAAGAUUUGGCAGUCUUGCUUGCUGUUGAUACCAUGUUCCUAUUUAGCAAACUUAGCCCUGUAAAGCUUUCAGUAGAAAAAGAAAAGCAUGCUGGACAUUUCAUUCUAAUGAUUCCCAAUGAAAUUGUGUUUGCUUAUAGUAUUUGAAGCAACGAUGUCCCCCUUUGGUCUGAACACAACACCAAAAGUCACUACAAACGGAUGUUUCAGUAUCCGGUUUUCAAUAAUGGAAUUCCCUUGCUUUAAUUUUAAUAACCUUAUGAAUCCAAGAGCCUUUUGUUCCCACCCUUACCCUUCACUGUUCAUUGCUGGUGAAAUAUCAAGCCUGUUUUGGGGAUUGCUGUCUAGAGCCUAUGGAUCUACAGGAAUAAUCAUAUUGUUCUCCUUUGGGUAUGGGGGGAGAGAACAUGAGGUUACUCAGAAAGUCCAAAAGUCAGUGAUAGACAUAAUAUCCUUCGUCCCUUUAUCUCCAGCUGGUGUCUCUCGUCAGUUCAUAGUUCUUAGAAAGUUAUUCUCAACAUGCAAAGCUGAAUGGUAUUUGCAAAGCUAUUGCCAACCUGACAAGCUUAAGCCAAUGUUUUCAUCUCCUGAUUUCACCAGCCCUUAGGAUGAUGCUGAUUAAAUAUGCCUCCAAUACAUUAAAAAAAAACCACCAAUCUAUAAUUAUUAGGCUAAACUCUGAAACAUAUGUCUUCUUCUCUUUUUUCAUUUUCUUUACUUUGAGAUCCCAUAAUCUAGGAUAGGUAACAUUUCUUGGCGGGGGGCAAAUAGUGAUAGCAUGUGGUAGCCACAUUCCCAAAAUGGCUGCUAUGAGAGAUUUGGCCUUUCUGUAAAAUGGCUGCUGUGAAAAAGAUGGAUAAUUCCAUAGAUAGAUUCCAUUUACUAGAAAGAAAUUAGCACUUAUAGGUUAUUGUUGAACCCCAAGUUAUUGCUACAUGUAAUUAUCAUGCUAGAGGGUGCUGUUUUGCUUUGCAGCAUGUUCAUCUUCUAUUAAAUUUGUUUUAUUAAAGUAUUCCUUUUUUUAAAGGGGGGUGGGCAAAUCAAGUGACAUAGGCAGCUUAACAGGGACCAAGGAUGUAACUGAAGCCAUGUCUGUAUCUGGAAGUACAGGUAGUCCUCAACUUACGACCACAAUUAAGCCCAAAAAUUAUGUCAUUAAGUGAAACAGUUGUUAAGUGAAUACUUUUCUUGCCACAGUUGUUAAGGGAAUCACUGCAGUUGUUAAGUUAGCAACAUGUUUGUUAAGUGAAUCUGGGUUCCCCAUUGGUUUUGCUUUUUAGAAGGUGGCAGAAAGGGAUCACAUGGUCUAUAACUAUUAGGCUAAACUCUGAAACAUAUUUCUUCUUCUCUUUUUCAUUUUCUUUACUUUGAGAUCCCUUAAUCUAGGAUUAGGUAACAUUUCUUGGCUGGGGGCAAAUAGUAAUUGUGGUUCACCACAAUCGUCAUAAAUAUGAGUCAACUGCCAAGCAUCCAAAUUUUGAUCACAUGACUUUGGGGAUGUUGCAAUCAUCGAAAGGGUGAAAAACGAUCACAAGUCACUUUUUUUUAGUAGCAUUGUAACUUCAAACGGUCACUAAAUGGCCUGAUUAUUCUGAUUUAAUAGUAAACAAUUGGUGCUCAACUGACUUGAAAAGUAGCAUAAGUCUGCAGUAUCAUAAAAAAAUAAUACAGAGAAAAGCAACGUGAGUUAUUGUAUUUAUUAAGAUUGUACAAAUUUUCAUUUCAUCAAUUCAAAUUAGCAAACUUGUUUUGGAUUCGAUGCAUGAACUUGAUUCAGAUUGAAUCCAAUAAUCCAAUUUGAUUUGGGGGAUAAAAAAGUUUUCUCCACAUGGACAAUCAGAUUUCUGAAUCAAGCUGACCCGAUUCAUCCUUUCAGAUUUCAAACUCCAUUGCAUUGUUCAGAUUGAUUCAAUAAUUCAGAUUUGGAUUGAUCAUAUUCUUUGAACUGAUGUGACAAAUCAAGAGCAGACCUUAUUUGCACAGGCCUAAUAUUUAUUAGGUUUUAUAGCGCUUUCCUAUGUCUGUUGUGCUGUAGCAUAAAACAAAAACCAAUCAAAAAUAAAACCUUAAAAUACUGUAAUAAUAGUAAUAAUAAAAAAACUUGAAUGUCAAUUUCUUGCAUUUUUGGUAUUGUUCUCCAGGGAGAGAUGCAUAUUAUUCCCCUUCUUUGUAUAAUACAUGGAAGUACAAAAAGAGAAAAUACAAAAUAAUAUAUUUUCUCCUCCUAUGUGACUUCACUAAACUCUACAGAUAGUCCUCAGCUUAUGAUCAUUCAUUUAAUGACCAUUUUGAAAUUAUAAAAGUACUGACGUACAACUGGUCCUUGCACUUAUAACCAUUUGUAGCAUCCCUACGGUCAUGGGAUCAAAAUUUGGGCAUUUGACAGCUGGCAUGUAUUUGCAAUGGAUAAAAUGUUCUGGAGUCACAUACUCGCAACUUUCCCAGGGGAUUUCCAAAAAGAAAAGUCAAUAAAACAAGACGGGUUGAUUAUUGACCAGUGCAAAAAAGGUCAUAAAAUUGGGCAUGACUCACUUAACAACCACACUACUUUACAUUGCAAGUUCAGUCUCAAUUGCAAUCAUAAGUCAAGGACUAUCUGUAAUGUGCCCAUAGAUCCUCAUACUAUGGUUUCUGCAGGCUUUGGAAAAAGUAUGAGUUCUUGUCACUUGCUCAGAUUCCCAAAUGCAACUGAGAACAUGAACAAAUCAUUUAUUUUCCUUGCAUCUUUGUUUGAAGUUUGUCACCUAUGCUGCUCUUCACACUCAGGUAUAGGGGUGGGGUGUGAAAAUGCAGAGGUUUUUCAUAAUCUUCAAUUUGAUAGCCGUAAUUUUCAGAACUUAAAUUCUCUCUGAAGGAAAGCUGAAUCUGUCAAGUAGACCAAAUUUUAUGUUAUACACUGAAAGUCUGCGUUUCAAAAAGCUUGGUUAUUUAGUGAUUCUUCUAGAUAAAUAUAUGGCUUCAUAGAUCCAUUUGUAUAAUAAUAAAUUUCUUUCUCACAGACAAAUGCACACAGAAGUCUCCCUCUUUAAUUAUUUUGCCUGAUCUGAAUGCCCUUUGAAGCUUCUUUCUUAUUUUAUAACAGGAAGAAACAAAUAAGCAUGUUUUUAAUAGCAACCUGGAGUGUAAAAACCUGCACUGUGAGCCUUUUUACAAUCCUAUAAUCCCUUAAUUCAGGGUAGAAUUGGGGCAAAUGGAAGGAGCAGAGCAUUUACUGGCUGGAUGCCCUUCUUGAUGCCUACAAGGAGUUCGUAGCAUAUAUUUUCUCUUUGCACCCUUAAAGAGAAACAUCUACUGCUAUCUAGGAUUGAACUCUCAACUUUCCAAGUAGGAAGCAAGCAUCUUCACCAUUAGGCCACCACAGUUCUCUAUAAUCCGAAUCUACCCCGAAUUAAGGAUAACAGGGUCACUUCUAUAUAUGCACCACUAUGUAUGCAUCAUUUCUCUAUGUAUAGCUGAGUAUCACUUCCAUGUAUGUAUGUUGUGUAUAUGUAUGUAUAGUACAUAUGCAAGUGAUACCCAACUGUUCCAUUCCAUGACUUUUUAAAAAUAAAAAUAAUGCAAUUUUUAUAGCCUAAUAGAUGUUUCAGGUUUCAGUCCUGAAACAGAGAGCAAGUAACUUCUGAAUAUAUCAUCUACUGCUUAUAUACAUCUCUCUCUCUCUCAUUUAUAUAUGAAUAGUUUGAUGCAUACUUAAUAAAGCCUACUUAGUUCCAAAACCUGAUAUCUGGUGUUUGUAAAUUAAUUACAAGCAAACCACCCGAAUGUUC